GUGUCACAGUCAAAAAUUAUACGGUGUGAAAAAUUGCGUUUUCGAACAAUUCCAUUUUAAUAAUUCCUUUUUGUACUUAAAUCUAAACAAUAACAAUGAAUUUCCUCGCAAGAACAAGAACAUCGCUCAUGCCUGCGAUUGCGAACAUGAGAAUGUAUUCCGGUGAGCCAGGAUCAGGAGCCGGUAAGGGAGGCGGCGGCGGUGGUGCUAUCCGUGAUGCCGGAGGUUCCUUCGGCAAGAUGGAGGCCGCCAGAGAAGACCAGUACUUCUACAAUAAGCAAAAGGAACAGCUAGAAAACCUCAAGGGUCAUCUGGACAAGGAGAUUGCUUUCCACCAGGAACAAAUCAAACGCCACGAGGAUGCGAUCAGGCGUCACAAGCAACAGAUGGCUGAGAUUCCCGAAUCAAAGUGAAACUAUAAUACACUCUACAGCUCCUUUCCAAUUAAUUUUUAUCUAAAUCUAAACAAAAUUUAAUAGAACUACCAAUUAUUAACUCGUUUGUGGGAAUUCCAGACAACAGAUUUUAAAUUGUUAUGCGGCACCCGAGUGCCACUUGGGAUGGAUUAAAUGUCACUUAAUAAACAUGCAAUAAUUA